CAAUGCGGCGGGUACGGAUUACAGAAUGCAGCCGGAAAGCUUCUCCGACUGUCAGUUAUCCAACGAUUCCCAUCUGCCGCGGCAUAUUGAAGAGUUUCCAACUCCUCAUCUACCAGGAAAUGUGGUGACGCUGGGAACAGAGUCUCUAGACGUCGACACAGUGGGGACCGUGGUCGGAUGGGGCUUGAGUGGCGUGCAACCCAGCCCCAAGAGGAUGGGGAAGACCACAAUGGUGGUGGUGCCACGUGUCGAGUGCUUCCCUAGGGGCUUGGAAGAGCAAUUGAACACCUUUUACUGUAUGCGUCCUCAACACGAAGACACUGGCGCCUGCAGAGGUGACAGUGGAGGGCCGUUUGUCGUCGACAGGAUGCAGCACGGCAUCCUCUGGUCGGGAGCCUGCACAGGACAGAUAAGGGAUCGAUUUACGUUCACCAAUCCAGUUAGUUUACGAGAUUGGAUUGCCAGUGCCAUAGAUUCAAGCCUGGAAAGCUGA